AUGUCUCAGCAGAAUCAGGAUAAUGCAUCAGCAUCUAUUCCUUGGGCAGUUGUAGAUCCUUGGUCAGAGAGGAUGGAAACCGGUCCAGAAGUCUCUUCAUCCGAUGUAUCGUCUGUGGCGGAAAUACUCAAUCGCCCAGACUCUCCUUCCAUCUGCAUUCCCCAGCCUCAAACUUAUCCAAAUGUCCCCGGCCUCGAACGCGGAAUUCUGGACACAAAUUUCAACAUACCCCCUGAGGGCAGAAGAUCGGUUAAACACAUCAUGACGUUCGCCGACUAUGAAGCAACAAGGAAUACUGAUUUGUUUAUGCUCCAUGCAGUCGGGUUCGAACUAAAUCAGGGCGACACGUUGGUCUUUAUUGAUUUGCCAAAUAUGCCCAAGGAUACACGCAAGAUGGCCGACUGCGAUAACAUCGCUUAUAGAUCUCAGAAAUUUCGGGUUCACUCUGAAAAGCUCUUGGCCACAGGUUCGACCAAAUUCGCAGAUAUGUAUCGACCGUCGUAUCAAUUCCGAAUCCAACGACGUCGAAAGAUGGUGAAUCAGCUUCCCGAAGGCGUAAAAUAUGUUCUUGAUCUCACACCUCCGUCUGAAGGUGACGAGCUGGUAUUCCAAAUGACUGAAGCAUCUCUGACGCCUGGAAUCAUGAACUGGUGGACAUCUUAUCGAUUCCAUGGAGCCGAAAUUGGACUCGUAGCUGGGCACGACGAUAUUUGCUGUUGCAAGAGACAAGCCACGUUCUACCUGGGUUUCGACUCUGACGAAGACGACACAUAUGACGCCACUGGGGCAAGAAAACCCAAGUCGCUAGGCGCAGGCGUACUUCUUCCACCAACGCCAAUGACGCUGAUGAAGUUGAAGGCUGAGGGACAAGACAAGCUUUUUGAAACGCCAGAAUUUCGACAGAUACCGGACUAUUGCCCCCUCCGCCACAGAAACAGUAUUAUCCGCUUGCUUAUCUUGCUAGAAGGCAGAGACGUAGCCAUGGACUCGGCAGCGCGUGUAUGGACAAUGGUUGCGGUGGCCAAGAUCCUUGACUGCACUUCUGUCGUGCGAGAUAAGGUUGCUCAGUGGAUGUUGCACGAUCGAAAUGCUCGAUUCAUUGAAGUCCUGCCAGAGGAAGCCCUCAAAAUUGGGUACGAUCUCCAGCUGCAACAAGUCACCCAAACCGCUUUCCGAAUUCUUGUCAAUGAAAUGGCCAUAGAAGAAGCCGCUACCGAUUACGGCUCUCUCCAGAGGCGACGUAGAACGACUAUCUUUGGCAGGCGCACUGGCGAAUGUAGUGAUGAACUGAACAACUUGAUACAACACGCUUCUCGUGCCCUGGUUGAACGAGUCACUCGACUCAAUCUGGAGCUACAAAGCCAGGAUCUUUUCGACCGUUGGGGUAUUGAGGAAUGGGCCAAGUUGCGGGACUUGGAGGAAGUCCUCACAAGGAAAGGCCCUUCUGACAGCACUGGCAAAAAGGAUUUUAAAAAGACUCUCGAGGGCUUAAAUCGCGUCAUGUACCAUCUCCGACGUACCAUCGACUACAGGUACAACCUGAGUGCUACCUCAUUCGGUAUCAGCUCUUCGUUUCUUCUGGGCAUGGAUAUUGACCGCGCCACAUAUGUGCAACCGAUGGAUUUCGAAGAGCUUGAGCGCAUCUUGUCAGAGUUUAACCCAGUACAAAAGCUCUUGUGUCCCUUCAUAUACAAUGACAUGGACGACAGGUGCAGCAAACACUUCUUUACCAAUUCAUAUCCCGACGGGGGCGACCUUGGUGGCCUGUCGAUUCCAGGCUUAGUAGACAGCUUUCAAGCGUCUCUGGACUGCUUAAUUUCGCGAUUCCCAGAACUAAUUGAUGCUCCGGAAUGGCAAUGCAUCGUGGACCACAACGUUGACAAGAAAGAGAGCCCCAUCACGAGAAUCAAACGCCCAAUAGUAUUUUUGAUGGACAUGGAACAGCAAGUCAAAAAGGCUCUCCAACCGUUGACACGAUCCUGGGUCCGCCAUGACAUUGAACCACCAGCCAAUAUCACUCGGCACCUACUCCUGACCCUCGAUCGUGAGGAAAUGAAGUUCCUGCCCCUCUGGGCGGGUGGUCUCAACGACGGCACCGGUGGCGUGUUCGAAUCACACAUUCCUUCGACGGAUAUGGGACCAAAUGGCCCUGGUCCCGCCUAUCACACAGGGCAUACCAUUCCCUCUGCACCUCCGAGUAUAAGCGAAUCGUUGAUGGAGGAGAUAUCCGCCAUGAAAGUCGCCAGUACAGCUACCGGUGGCUCCAUCGACGUCCACGAUAGCAUUUCUACCGUGUACAGGCCGGAUAAAGUCAUUGCUGACGAUGUGUCCAUCAAGACGGAGUCCUUUGAAACUGCUGAGAGCGACUACGAUGGAGCUAGAUUUGCCGUGCCAGCUGAUCAUCAAGCUACAGGCGAAGCUGUUGACGCAUUGGUAGAGGAAGUGGGAGAUGAUUUCGAUUUGGAUAUGCAGGAGACACCUGUUGGGUCAGAUUUUGACAGCGACAGCGAUGAAAGCGUUGUUCUGGUGAAGAAGGCGGUCGAGAAAUAG